UGCGAAUGCAGAAAAUAACAAACAUCUGAGCUGAAUGCUUGAAGAGUACCAACGACUCCGAGGAGGAAAGGUGGAACCUGUUGCUGACUCAGCAUACCAAACUUGAACCCACAAAUCAUCUUGGCACUUAUACGACUAAAAUGGCUUCUCACUUGGCUAACAUUUUUGGAACGGAACAAGACCGUGUCAAUUGUUCCUUCUACUACAAGAUUGGCGCAUGCCGCCACGGCGACCGCUGCUCUCGAAAACAUAUCAGGCCUCCAUUUUCACAGACCAUUCUCUUGCCAAACGUGUAUCAUAACCCUGCUCACGAUCCGGUUUGCAAGUUGACCGAAAAGGAACUUCAGGAAGGCUUUGACGCAGUGUAUGAAGACUUAUACUGCGAGCUCGCCAAAUUCGGGCACCUCCUUGAGCUACAUGUUUGUGAUAACGUGGGUGACCACUUGAUUGGAAAUGUGUACGCAAGAUACGAAUGGGAGACAGAGGCGCAAGCUGCAGUUGAUAACCUGAACGACCGUUGGUACGCAGGUCGACCACUUUAUGCAGAACUCUCCCCCGUCACCGAUUUCCGUGAAGCAUGCUGUCGCCAAAAUGAAAACGGGGAAUGCAAUCGUGGAGGUUUCUGUAAUUUUAUGCACUUGCGGUUAGCUUCGAAAGAGCUCGUGGACUCAUUACGAGUCGGGCAACGGCUCGAGCGGAGAUUACACCCUCCACCAGCUCACGGUGGGGGUGGAUGGGAACCUGGUAAACGAGAAGGUCGCGCUCGCAGUGCCAGCCCAAAACGAGCUGGGAGUCACUCUGGCGAAGACCGGUGGACACGGAAGUAG